CGCGUUUUGAAUAACACGUUACAGCCUGUAUUAUGGCAGAUGUUCUGUCACUCUUGCGAGAGUAUCACCUAAAUGGCAAGCCAAUCGUUGAGACUCAAGCCGAGGUGAUAUUUGGAGACUUUGCCUGGCCUAAAACCACCAAAACCAACUUUUUAGUAUGGGGGUCUGGCAAAGAAGGUACUGCAAAGGACUAUUAUACCCUUGACUGUGUUGUGUAUUUAUUGAAGCACAUUGAUUUGCCACAUACCCAGUAUGUGCGGCAAGCAGCAAGUGCUGGCCUCCCUGUGGUGCGACUUCCCGAUCGACGUGACCUGUUGGCUUACUUGAAGGGUGAAACAAAUACUGCUCCAAAUAUCGACAGAGCCGCUCCAGUUGACAUUUCCUUGCGUCGAGCUGUUGCUAAACAAACAGAUGCACAUUCGCAUAUUCGAAGAGUCCUCAAAAUGAACGUAGCGAGCCGGUUUACUGAUUUGCCGACCACUACGUGUUUGAUAUGGAGGGAGGAUAAGACUUGGUGCCGGUGGAGUGGAAUCGGAUGUUUGAUUAUUUGAUUGCGCAGCUGCCGAUGUAGAUUCGAAGUCGUUGUCGGUGUAUGCGGGUUUGAUUCGAUCAAUGGAAAUAGUCUCUCGUUUUCCAUUCUUGUUCACUGUAAAGUGUUUGUCUGAACGUUUAAUAACUUGAAAGGGUCCUUCGUAUGGAGGUUGCAAUCCUUUUCUGAUGGCGUCGACUCGAAUGAAGACGAAUUUGCAAGUUUGUAGAUGUUUGUUGAUCUGAUCUCGUCGGGGAGAUUGUCGAGGUGCUGUUGGUUGAAGUUGAAGCAUUUGUCUAGUUAAUCGGUUAGUGAAGUCGGCAAUGUUCACGUCUGUGGAAUCGGCUGAGGGGACUAGCUGUCCAGGCAAGGUUAGGUUGGUGCCAUAGACAAGUUGAGCCGGUGUACAUCCUAAAUCUUCUUUGAUAGUAGAACGGAUACCAAGUAAAAUCAAAGGUAAGUAUUCACUCCACUUAGAUGUAUCAUUCUGCGCCAUCAGGGAGCUUUUCAGUUGUCUGUGGAAUCUUUCCACUAGACCAUUCGCUGCCGGAUGAUAGGCUGUUGUGGAGAUAUGUUUCACUCCCAGAAGUCUCGUCAGUUCGCGAAAGAGUGUCGAUUGGAAUUGAGGACCGCGGUCGGAUGUAAUAGUAGUUGGUACAC